AUGACUGGAAAUGAACGCAUCGGUCGACUUGACGCCGGCAAAGUCGAUAACACCGUCCCAAUGACACUGAGCUUGGCAGCGAACCUUACUCAGCUGGGCGAGAAGAGGUUUCCUAUUGGUCAAACUUCGGUUUCCUUGACCUAUGUGAAUGCACUCUCGCUUUCGAUUUUGUCUUUCUGUUUGAACCUGAACAUUGUGUGUCUAGAAGGGUUUGCAUCCAUGAUCAUGGUCUGGUUCUUGGGUGUUUUCAUGAUGUCUCUAUCGACCGCCAAACUGGGCAUUCACGGAAGCGCUUACUUGGCCAUCUCCGUCGCUCUCGCUGUAUUUCUUCUGACCCAUAUCAUUGGUCCCAUCUCAGGUGGUCACAUCAGCCCAAUCGUAACUCUAUCUACCUGUAUCACCGGUCUUAUCUCACCUCUCAAGGCUUUGGCUUACGUGUCUGCUCAAAUGACAGGGGCCACCCUCGGAGGCAUCUCCCUUGCAAUGGCCCUAGGACCACGGGCUGCAGAUGUUCAGAGUUAUGGCUGUUAUUUCAACCCAUCACCCAGCUUUGCUUUAUCUCACGCAUUUUGCUUUGAGUUCAUGAGCGCAUUGGCCAACAUCUCCAUGAUGUAUGGAUACGGUAUCAAGGCAGAUUCCUCGACUACACAAGGUGGCCCAAAGCUAGCACCGCUUCUUAACGGCAUCACUCUCGGCCUUUUUGUCUUUGCGUCUUCUGGCUUCGCCCCGGAGAACUCUUAUCUGGGAACCAUAGAUGAUUGGAUUUAUUGGAUUCCAAGUAUUUCUGCUUCCAUAGUACAUGGACUAGCUUAUCGUUUCUUGAACCCUUUUGGCGAGCCACAUAUGGGUAAGAUCUUAGGUCACGAAGAAAUUUCCCAAAGUUCACCAAAAGUGGUCAUCCAAAUGGAUGGACCAAGGAUCAUGCAAGAAGGUGCCCAAGGAAGUGGAAAAUGA